ACUAUACUCACUGAGUCGCCGGAGCUCGACUCGACGCCUCACUCCCCACAACGAACAGCUCUUCUCCUCCAAAUCGAUCUGAUCGGCGAUACAAUCCCCUCCUCACGGCUUACCCGGCCGCCCGAAUCCGGAUCGAAUCCGGAUCCCAAUCCCAAUGUUCCCCAAGUUCCACCUUCCAUGUCUCCUCCUAUUCCUCCUCGUCCUCUGCUUUCCGGAUCGGGGUCUGGCAUGCACCAACUCAAGCUCCCUAGUUGGUCUCGCGACCGAGAUCAAGAUGGUCCAGCACCAGGUCCGCGGAUCCAUCAAGGUAAUCGAUGAUUGCUCCUUUAGAGUUUCCCAAUUCGAUAUGCUCCCCGGGUUUGAUGUCCACUGGUGGGGUGCCUCUGCUGUUGAUUUCGAUAACAUUACGGCUGGGUUCUUCGUUUCCGAACAAACUCUCAAUCAGACCUAUAAAAAUCAGACAUUUGACGUACGGUUGAGGGACAAUGUCACGUGGGACCAGAUUGGGGUCCUGUCUAUCUGGGACUUGCCCACCGCUUCCGAUUUCGGGCAUGUGGUCUUCCCAAAUGCCUCGAUUUCGGGCCCCUCCCCGGGCCCGAGUCCGAGCCCCAGCUCCGGGGACAGAGAAAUUGUUAGGGUUUACAAAGAGCCUACUAUGUUUGAUAAUUGUAAGGUUUUGAGCAAGAAUUAUCGGGUACGGUGGACUCUUAGUAUUGAUCAGGAUGUUAUUCAUAUUGGGCUUGAGGCAGCCACCGGUACACAGAAUUACAUGGCAUUCGGGUGGGCUGACCCGAAGGCAACUUCAGAUUACAUGAUCGGCGCUGAUGUGGCAGUCACGGGGUUCACUGAGGAUGGCCUUCCUUUUGCAGAGGAUUACUUCAUCACUAGAUACAGUGAGUGUACAGUUAAUAAGGAUGGGAGGGCAAGAGGGGUUUGCCCCGAUGCAAUGUAUGAGCCGACUGAUUCCGUCGGUUCUGUUAAUAAUACUGAAUUAGUAUAUGGCCAUAGAAGAGAUGGUGUCUCUUUUGUUCGGUACCAAAGGAAGCUUAGUGUAGUUGACAAGAAGUAUGAUUUGCCUGUGAAGUACAAGGAGAAUGCUACCGUAAUUUGGGCUCUAGGGUUGAUAAGCCCACCAGAUUCUCUGCAUCAUUAUUACUUGCCACAGAAUCACGGAGGCGAGGAAUCGCUCACAUUUGGUCAUUUGGUUUUGAAUGUCUCGGAGCAUGUUAACGAUUGUUUGGGCCCAAUUGAUGCAGAUGAUAAGGAGGACCAAGAUGUGAUUAUUGCGGAUGCAAAUGUGCCUCUUCUUGUUGUAACUGGGGAGGCAUUGCAUUACCCGAACCCUCCUAAUCCUUCUAAGGUGCUUUACAUCAAUAAGAAGGAGGCACCGGUGUUGAGAGUGGAGAGAGGGGUACCUGUAAAAUUUUCGAUUCAAGCAGGGCAUGAUGUUGCGCUAUAUAUAACGUCAGACCCUCUCGGAGGUAAUGCGACUUUGAGGAACAAGAGUGAGAUCGUCUAUGCUGGGGGCCCAAAGUCUGAAGGCGUGCCUGCCAGCCCAAUGGAGUUGAUGUGGGCCCCUGAUAGAAACACUCCUGACCAAGUUUACUACCAUUCCCUCUAUCAGCCGAAAAUGGGGUGGAGAGUUCAAGUGGUUGAUGGCGGGUUAUCUGAUAUGUACAACAAUAGUGUCCUACUGGAUGAUCAGCAGGUUACCCUUUUCUGGACAUUGUCGGAGAAAACAAUUUCUAUUGCUGCUCGAGGAGAGAAGAAGAGUGGGUACCUCGCGAUUGGAUUUGGGAGUGGAAUGGUGAACAGCUUUGCUUAUGUGGGUUGGGUCGACGCUAACGGAACUGGAAGGGUCAAUACGUAUUGGAUCGAUGGUCAGAAUGCAAUGAGUAUUCAUCCUACGAAGGAGAAUUUGACAUAUGUCAGGUGCAAGUCAGAGAAUGGGAUCAUAACAAUGGAGUUCACACGGCCACUAAAGCCCUCUUGCGGUCGUGAAAAAAAACCCGAUUGCAAGAACAUUGUUGAUGCCACCACGCCCCUUAAGGUUGUUUGGGCCAUGGGCUCUAAAUGGUCCGACGGCCAUCUGAGCGAGAGGAACAUGCACUCAGUCACGAGUCAAAGGCCCGUCAGGGUUCUGCUUAUGCGUGGUUCAGCGGAAGCCGAGCAGGACCUGAGGCCUGUGCUGGCUGUUCAUGGAUUCAUGAUGUUCCUAGCAUGGGGCAUUCUUCUUCCUGGUGGAAUUUUGGCUGCAAGGUACUUGAAACAUGUGAAAGGAGAUGGCUGGUAUAAGAUUCAUGUAUAUUUGCAGUACUCGGGAUUAGCAAUUGUCUUACUGGGCCUUCUUUUUGCUGUUGCUGAACUGCGGGGGUUCCAUAUUGGGUCUGUGCACGUGAAGUUUGGAGUGGCUGCGAUAGUGUUGGCAUGUGUGCAACCUGUGAAUGCUUAUUUUCGACCCAAAAAGCCUGCCAAUGGAGAGGAUGUUCCUAGGGAACGCGUCAUAUGGGAGUACUUUCAUGUGAUCGUGGGAAGAUGUGGGAUUCUUGUUGGGAUCGCAGCUCUUAUAAGCGGGAUGAAGCAUCUAGGGGAAAGGUACGGAGGCGAAGAUGUUCAUGGGCUCGAUUGGGCACUAAUAGGCUGGUUCUUGAUGGGUGCAUUGAUGGUCAUGUACUUAGAAUACCGCGAGCGAAAAAGCAGGAGACAGAUGAGUUAUGAGAGGGGCAGUUGGGUGUUAGGUAACUCUGAGGAAGACGACUCUGUCGAUCUCUUGAGCCCAACCACGGCGGGUGUAGACAAGGAGUCUCAGCGGAACGGAAGAAUGGAAGUUCAGCUUGAACCUCUGAGCAGAUAGGAGUGUUCAAAUUUGUCUUUAAUUGCCCAUCGCCUGUUUUGAAGAAUUUUGCUUGUACACGGAGAUGGAGAGUCUACUUGUCCAAGUGGAGCUCUUUUCCCUGCUUGAGAGGCAUCAUGCAGAUCGCGCGGACAAGUAGUUAACAUACAUGUGAUCGGUCUUUUCUAUACUCGCUAACACAAUGAAAGGUUUCUUGAUUGUAAGUUUGAAAGAUUCUUUUUAGGUAGUAGUCGGGUUUUCUCCUAUAUUUGUAUGGCUAGUUAUGCAGGAGAGCUGCUGGUAGUUCUGAUAGCAAAUUGGCGGCUUGGGUAGUGAAAACGAUACUGAUACUGCUCUGUAAAUUUUAUGAGACAACAAUCUGACUUCACAAUUUCUUGGUCAGUUCAUAUGCAGCAGAUGAUAUUGCGGGAUAAUAUAUUGAUUCAGCUCGAAUUGAUAGAUCA